AUGUCGGUCGAUAGUAAAGUAAAAGAAUCGCCGCAAUCCAAUAUACUACCAGCAGCAACCAAAGAUGCAGAUCAGGCUAAGUUUUCAUCCCUAGCCCUAGACGAUCGAUUGCUGAGUGCAGUAGAAAAGCUGGGCUGGCAGUACCCUACACUUAUUCAGUCUAAGGGUAUACCAUUGGCUUUGGCUGGAAGGGAUCUUUUGGCACGUGCACGUACGGGCAGUGGUAAGACGGCCACAUACGCUCUGCCGAUUAUAAAUAGAAUACUGCUGGAGAAGCAGACCGAUGGGAACAGCAAGCGGAGUGUUAGGGCCCUUCUGCUCGUACCUACGAAGGAGUUAUGUGAACAGGUACAUAAACAAGUACGUGAACUCACGCUGUACUGCUCCAAGCUUGUGGCUGUGACCGCUGUGUCAUCCACUGUGGAAGUAGAAGAACAGAAGGCCGCACUCCUGCAAGCAUCGGAUAUCCUAAUCGGUACUCCCACCCGUAUUCUUGCCCACAUCAAUGCUAAGAAUGUUGACGUAAAGUCUGUCCACAGCGUGGUGGUGGACGAAGCUGACUUGUUGUUCUCGUUUGGUUACGAGAACGAUGUGCGAACACUUCUGGCUCACCUCACAGUGGGAUACCAGUCAUAUCUCAUGUCUGCAACAAUGACGAAGGAUGUAGAAGCGCUGCGAGAAAUCGUGCAAACCAAUCCAGCCAUCCUGAGGUUGAAUGAGAGUCACCUGCCGGAGGACUCGCGCUUGGCGCAACAUAUCAUCAGAUGCGAAGACAAGGAGAAAUAUCUAAUUCUCUACUCGAUGCUUAUAUUCAAACUCAUCAACGGUAAAAUUCUACUGUUUGUGAAUUCUAUUACGGAAGUCUACAGACUCAAGCUAUUCCUGGAUCACUUCUCGAUCAAAGCCUGCGUGCUGAACAGUGAAUUACCUCACAACUCACGCCAGCAUAUUGUGCAGGAGUUCAAUAAAGGCGUAUAUGAUAUCAUUAUCGCUUCAGAUGAAAAUAGCGCACUGGCAGAUGAAGACGACAGUGACGAUGAAGAAGACCUGACCACUCUCAGAGGGACACAGGCUGUUGCAUCCGAAGAGAAGAGCAAUGUGAUGGAGGGGAAGAAGAAGCGAAAACGCAAGAAUAAUCAAAAAGACGGCGAAUAUGGAGUAACAAGAGGAGUGGAUUUCAAUGAUGUCAAUUGGGUGGUAAAUGUGGACUUCCCCGUUCAUUCCAAUGCAUAUAUCCACCGUGUGGGAAGGACAGCGCGUGCCGGCAAGGCGGGAAAUGCCAUAUCAUUUGUUACACAGCCUGAACACAGAGAGGUUCUUGCUAAAAUCGAGAAGAAACUGAAAAUUCACAACCAUGAGACGAGUCAAAAGGAGAGUGUGCUGCGACCGUAUGCCUUCUCCAUGACCAAAAUCAAGGGCUUGAAAUACAGAGUUGAUGCCGCGAUUACCACGCUCACGAGGGGAGCCAUCAAACAAGCACGACUACGGGAAAUUAGAACAGAGAUUUUAAAUUCACAAAAACUGAAGGACUAUUUCGCUGAGAAUCCGAGGGACUACCAGGUUUUAAGGCAUAACGAUGUACUUGACACAAAGAAGGUUAACUUGGGUCUGAAACACAUCCCCAGUUAUUUGAUGCCGUCAAAAGUGGCCAUAUUGCAGGAGAAAGAGGCGUUGUACGCCGGAAGUGCUCCAGCUGGAGGAGAGUUUAGUCAUGCCAGAAAUCUGAAAAGUAAACAUAGCGCACAUAAAAGAAAGUAUAAGAAGGCCGGAGAUAAGAAGAGGCCGUCGAGCGAUCCGCUCAAAUCAUUUAGUGUAGGUGGAAAUAAGAAAGCGAAAAAAUAG